AUGGGGACAGCCCCUGCCAGCUUCAGAGCAUCCCCGGCUGGGCGAAAGGUCACGCCGAGGCCUGCCGUAGAGCGCGGGGCGGGGGACGGGUCCUGCUGGGUCUCGGCGUGGAGCCCUAAGACCCACGCCCCGCACCUUGCCACACCCCCACCAAACUCCAGCCUGGAGAGCGGUGCCCACGGCCCCCCAGCCGCCGGCGACGCCUCUGUUGCCCUCUGGCGGCCGGAGCGCGCGGCGAAAACCUCGGCGCUAACACUGUCGCGGGGGAACGGGGCUGCCGCGGGAGCUCGCUUUCGGGACCGAGGAGAGAAAGGAGGGUGCCGCCGCCGCCGCGCGCCACGGUGCGCGGGGACAGGUCGGGGCGUCCCGCGCGCGGCGGCUGGAGCCCCGACGGCCCCGCUUGAGCUGUCCCCUUGGCCGCCGCCCUCACCGGCUCCUUUAACGCCCCCUCUGUCCCCCGUAGGAGACGUUUUCAUCCUGGUGUUCAGCCUGGACAACCACGACUCCUUCGAGGAGGUGCAGAGGCUCAAGCAGCAGAUCCUGGACACCAAGUCUUGCCUCAAGAACAAAACCAAGGAGAACGUGGACGUGCCGCUGGUCAUCUGCGGCAACAAGGGUGACCGGGACUUCUACCGCGAGGUGGAGCAGCGCGAGAUCGAGCAGCUGGUGGGCGACGACCCCCAGCGCUGCGCCUACUUCGAGAUCUCGGCCAAAAAGAACAGCAGCCUGGACCAGAUGUUCCGGGCGCUCUUCGCCAUGGCCAAGCUGCCCAGCGAGAUGAGCCCAGACCUGCACCGCAAGGUGUCGGUGCAGUACUGCGACUCGCUGCCCAAGAAGGCGCUGCGGAGCAGGAAGCUGCUGCGGGCCGGCAGCGGCGGCGGGGACCCCGGCGACGCCUUCGGCAUCGUGGCGCCCUUCGCGCGCCGGCCGAGCGUGCACAGCGACCUCAUGUACAUCCGCGAGAAGGCCAGCGGCGGCAGCCAGGCCAAGGACAAGGAGCGCUGCGUCAUCAGCUAGGAGCCCUCCCCCCCAGCCCCCCGCGCCGGCCACAGAACCUGAGGACCUUUUUGUUUCACAGUCACGUCUGACGUCCGGGCCAGCCCCGGGCCGCGUGCGCGCGCGGACUGGCGUCUUCCCUCCCCGGCCCCGCGCGCGCGCGCACUGGGGAGGCGCAAACCACGAAGGGACGGUCAUCUGCUCUGGAAGGAAAGCGAACUGGCUCAGACCGGGACUUCCCCCCACCUCCCUUCCCCCAUGGGCGCCUGCCACACCCACGGGUUGGGGGCGCAGGCCCCGCAGAGGGGGGAUUUGUCUUGUUUGUGACAAAGACAAGAAUGAGGGGGGUGGGGUGUAAGUUAGCCUCCGUUAGGCUUUGGGAAACCUGUCCUACCCCCUGGAGGGUCAAGACGGGACAAAUGGGGCAUUAACUUGUCUGUGAUUCUGGGUUGCCAUGACAGAUAACGACAGCCUCUGCCCUCUAGAGACUAAGGGGGCGGGGUCAGAUCAUAGCCAAGUGACUUGUUUACAUGUGUGUGAAAUUGCACAAAGGAAAACAAAACACACCACUUGCACUUUAAUAGUAGUUCUGAGGUCAUCAUGGACAUGAACAAAUUCCUACCCAGCUGUUUGUACUGUGUGUGAGACAGUCUUUCAAGUUACUGCUAUUGUUUUUUUAUAAUACCAAAUAAAAUAAUUUAAAACAAA